ACCCACUUGGCCACUUCCUACUUCUCUCACUCGGGCAUCAAGAAGCCUUUUCUGAAGUUGCCCUCCAGACGAGAGAAUCCCUAAAAAGGCCCUAUUUUCCUCACCUGCAGCGAUUUUUCGCCGAUUUUAACCGAAAUUUCUCCCGUCGACAUUUCGCCCCCCUCUUUCGUAUCGCUGGCCACCGAAACCAGAAAUUUCGGCGAAAAAAAUGGAAACUUUCAUCAAUGGACAGAGGACUGAGAGCAGAGGAGGGGCACCAAGCAGCGUUGGGUUUAAAAAAGUUGGAAAGAUGCCACCCAUAUGCUUUAUGUUCCAGGGAUGCAGAGAGCAGUGAGACUGAGCCCUAGCUCCUCCUCCUCCUCAUUUCCCCAUGCUCUCUUCUUAAUUCAGUUGCAUACAUGGAGAUGGAGGUGGCCCUACACAAAAAUGACGCUCCCCACUGGGUUUACAGGGGAGAAGGCGCUGUCAAUCUUGUUCUUGCUUACAACGGAUCCUCUCCUCUAUUCGUGGGGAAAGUGCUACGCAUACAGAAGGCUUCCAGGAAGGUAGCCCCAGGUUCAGAACAAUGGCUGAAUGGCCACGAACGCCUUAUCUGGAAAGACAAUCCUGAUAUUUUAUCAUCCCCUUCGAAGGAAAUUGCACAGCAGAUGUUUGUGCAGAAUGUAAUGGCCCCCCGGUUAGGUUCCCAACACAUUGAUGCGGGGAUUCGUGUUCUUGUGUCCAGGGAAUUCCUGGAAUCAGUUGAAAAGAAUGUGCUCUGUCAACGUCCUGCUUGGCGAAUUGAGGCUGCCAAGGUUAAUACCAACUGUGAUUAUGCACUUCUUUUAUCUGAUCAUUCGGUUUUUCCCCAUAGUUUUGUUAAAGGUGAACCAUGCAUAUCUGUUGAGAUAAAGCCCAAAUGUGGAUUUCUUCCAUUUUCAAGAUUCAUAGCUGAAGGAAAUGCUAUUAAAAAGAGAGUAACCCGGUUUAGGAUGCACCAAAUCCUGAAGUUGCAUCAACAAGAGAUAGCACAAAUUAGUGAAUAUGAGCCAUUGGAUCUAUUCUCUGGAUCCAAGGAGAAAAUGCAUAAAGCUGUCAAGGCUCUCUUUACCACCCCUCAGAACAAUUUUCGAGUAUUCUUAAAUGGUUCUCUCAUAUAUGGGGGCUUGGGUGGUGGGACAGAUAGUACUAGCUUUAUGGUUGGUGAAGCAUUUGAAGAUGUACUCAAGUGUGUAAUUCAAGCUGAGGUUGGCAUGCGUGUGGAAAGUUUUUUACAUCUUGUUUCUGAGACAGUCUCUAAAUCAGGAGUGUUGGAUCGGCUUCUUGAAGUACAGAAGCUUGAUACGUUUGACAUAGAAGGGGCAAUCCAUGCAUAUUAUGACAUUGUUUCUGAGCCUUGCACUGUCUGUAGAGAUUUGGGCGAGGACAUAGCUUCACAUAGAUAUACUUCUCUGCAUUCCAUUCCUUCAGAUGAAAGUUUGAAGAUUGUUAGAGACUAUUUGAUUGCUGCAACUGCAAAGGACUGUAGUUUGAUGAUCAGUUUUGCCCCAAGAAAAGAUGGGAAUUCAGCUUCUCCAUAUAGUAAUGUAUAUCUAGCAUCAACUGAUCAAAGUUUUGAUUACAAGGCAUAUUUCAUUGACCUGGAUAUGAAACCCUUGAAGAAGAUGCAAUACUAUUAUGAACUAGACCAGAAAAUAGUGAGCUGCUAUACUCAGAUGAUGAAAACGAAGCAUCAACCAGAAAAAGCUGCAAGCAGUGGGGCUUAUGAAACUACAAGUUAGCAUUCAACACAACACCAAUCAGGAUGGAGAUUCCACUUUGCUGCCAAUGUUCUGAUAAAAUAUCAAAUGUUCAUUUAUUAGAACAAAUUAGUUAUUUCCUCGUCAGGGUUCACUUUGUCAUAGUAUACCAAAACAUCAGCCUGGCCUAGACUUCAAGGCUUGAGCUUGAUUUGCUGGUGCUUCCUCCUGUCUAAGGCUUCUUGCUGGAUCCUUGCAUGUUUGACAUAGAUGAAUUUGGAUUUGCCCAUUGUGAAACUA